CUCGUCAGUCGUUUGUUGUUACGCGUAACCGGCACGUGCCGUGCAGAAGGGCGGCUAGAUGAGCGAUGAGCGGCAGCCCAAGCACCGCGCGACAGUCGUAGGCGUUGUGCUUGAAGCCAGGGCGCUAGCACCGCCAACGUCCAAAGGGACCCGACCGUCGUCAGCAACGCACCCUCGCACGCCGGUCGCGGAACCAGUGCCGGUGGCACCGUACCGUGCGCUGGCACUUCCCCCGCCCCGAGCAGCUAAGAUGGUUCAAAAGGGUGCGCGCCAACCUCACGCCAAGGCAGCGUCCUCCGCAGACCUCAUAAAAGAUUUCGAGUCUGCUGUGCGCAAGGUCGUCGACACGAAGCGUUCGGAGGCCGACAAACUCCAAUUUUCCUUUGCGAAAAAGUCGGACGACGUGGCGAGAGCGCAAAUGGCGCUGCUGGACCUACGACGGGAGUGUGCGGCGCUUGGCAUCACAGAGUCGACCCUCGAUGACGUAGCUCGACUACAAACGAUCGCGUCGUACUCGCGCCGGCCCUUCUACGCGAAAAACUCGAAAAUUCGGCAUCUGGAGGAGAAGCUGGCGCUCAAGACGACCGAAAUUUAUGCUGUCGUGCGCAAAAUCUUGUCCUACGAGCAUAUCAAGCGGCGCCACGAAAUGGAGAAGACUGCUCUCAUUACGGUGCAGCACCAACUCACCCACGACCUCUGCGAAAAGUCGCAUCGAAUACAAGAGCUGCAUCGGCUCGAAAUUGUCGCAAGCGAGGCGCUCAAUAGUGCGCAGUCACGCCUCGCCGAGCUUAAAGCCACAAUCGCGCGCGAAGUCCGCCUCUUCGAGACGGAGCUCUCAUAUCGCGAGCGAUGGCUGCGCGAGAAGGCCAAGUUUCAGGCAUUUUACGAGCGACAGAUCGACUCGAUUCCCGACAUCGUGGGCGGCCGACGCAGCUCCGCAAUCAUCAAUUGUGGCGUUGACAAGACUAUGAGCAAGCGGUGGAGCCUGCACAUGGUGGUGAAGGCGCUCGAGGUCUCUCGCCUCGAAGACAAGCGUUGUGAAGAAGCUUUUCGCCGCAUUGGCCUGCACGGCGACCGUGUGGACCCAAAUGAGAUAGUCAUGAUGUGCAAAGCGCACGAGCAGCUCCGGGACGAGCUUCAAGAGCGACAGGCAACCCAAACCGAGCACUUGGCGAGUGUCAAGCGUCGCAUCGACGCGCUGCGAAUUGAGCUUCAAGGCAACCGGGGCCGUACCACCCGGCGCCUCAUUAUUGAAGAUGACAACGACGUACUUGUGGCCCUACAAAAGCAAGAGCGGCUCUUGCACAAGGCGCGAGAUCAAUACGAGUUCAUUCAGCAAAUUGUGAACCCCGUAAAAGCUGGAAUUCAGCAAAUCGUCAGUCAAGUGACGUCCGAGACUGUCAACGUUGAAAGCGUCAAGGCAAUCGAGAUAGCCUUGGAGCGUGUCGAAGUGGAGCUCAGUCGCUUUCUCAACGACAGCAGCAGUGCGUCCAGCAAGGAAGGGCUAACCGCUGAGGCAUCCUCAUCAUCACUCAAGGCAGCCACACUGGCAUCGUGGACCAAGCCAAAUGAGAUCACAUCACCCCACAACGUUCGCGUGAAACCCAAGGAAGAAUGGUAUUUCCCCCAACACUCGGCCGAGGCGUCACCCGUCGUUCGACGCCACCAUCGAGGUGCCGCAACACCACACAUGCUUCGCGAUUUCGAAGAUUCCGCCGGCGACAACACCACUCACGAUGGCGUAAUGGACCGCGACACUGUCAAGCAAAUCUCUACAACACUCACGACGCUAAGUAAGAAGAAGCGGGAGGCGGCUGCUCUGGACGCCACUCGAUGAGACGAAAAUCACACACGAAAAAUUGCUCCCUAUUCUAUUACACGCAGCUUAGACUUUUAAUACUGCCUUACUACUGUCGCA